CCUAGCCAAUCCGUCAUCCUCCUACCUUGCUCUUCUCGCUCUCUUUCUACCGUUGCUUCGGGCACCAAAGCUCCAGUUAUCCUCCGUCGCCGCCGCACCCCAAUCGGUUUCGUUCUUCUUCCCGCGGCCAAAAUGUCACAAGGUGAUAAUGGAUCGGGGAAACCAGAUGUAUCUCCAUACGAUGAGGCGAUGGCGGCAUUAUCUUCUUUAAUUACUAAGCGCAGUCGUGCCUGUAAGAGCAACAAGGGAGACCGGUUUGAUUUACUCUUUGAAUAUCUUAAGGUUUUGGAAUUAGAGGAGCCAGUAAAGCAGAUGAAGAUUAUACAUGUAGCGGGAACCAAAGGAAAGGGAUCCACUUGCACUUUCGCUGAGGCUAUACUGCGCAACUGUGGCUUCCAUACAGGCCUUUUCACAUCACCCCAUCUCAUUGAUGUUCGAGAAAGAUUUCGUCUGGAUGGUGUGGACAUAUGUGAAGAGAGGUUCUUGGCUUAUUUCUGGUGGUGUUGGGAUAGAUUGAAGGAAAAUACAAGUGAGGAGGUUCCAAUGCCUACCUAUUUCCGGUUCCUUGCCUUACUUGCAUUCAAGAUAUUUGCAGCAGAGCAGGUAGAUGUUGCUAUCUUGGAGGUUGGUUUAGGUGGGAAGUUUGAUGCAACAAAUGUGGUUGAAACACCCGUUGUUUGUGGUAUAGCUUCCCUUGGAUAUGAUCACAUGGAAAUUCUUGGAAAUACUCUUGGACAAAUUGCUGGCGAGAAGGCUGGGAUCUUCAAGCGUGGAGUGCCAGCUUUCACAGUCCCACAGCCUGAUGAAGCCAUGUGUGUACUUGAAGAUAGGGCUUCUGAGUUGGAUGUACCUCUUCAAGUAGUAUCUCCAUUGGAUCCCGACUUGCUAAGUGGCCUUUCUCUUGGGCUUGAGGGAGAGCAUCAAUUUGUAAAUGCUGGUCUUGCAAUUGCAUUAUGCUCUACGUGGCUCCAUAGGACUGGCAAUGUUGGAAUCAAUUACCUAAAAGAUACUACUAAUUUGCCCGAACAAUUUAUUAAAGGGCUGACGACAGCGGCAUUGCAAGGGCGCGCUCAAAUUGUCCCUGAUCGAUUAGUUGAGAGUGAAAGCCCAGGGGAUCUUGUGUUUUAUUUUGAUGGCGCACACAGUCCUGAAAGCAUGGAUGUAUGUGCAAAAUGGUUCUCUCUUGCAAUCAGGCAAGGUCAUGGACAGCAAAAGCCCUUACAUGAUGAAUCACAUCAACCAGCCCAGAGUGACUUUCAUAUAAUUUCCAGAAAGAAUUCAAUGCAGAUUUUAUUGUUCAAUUGUAUGUCCGUCAGGGAUCCUCAAUUACUGCUUUCUCGCCUGAUGAAUGCGUGUGCUAAUCAGGGAGUUUACUUUCAGAAGGCACUUUUUGUACCAAACACAUCAGUGUAUUACAACGUGGGCACCAGUUCUGUACCACCAGCUGAUACUCAAGUUGACCUUUCAUGGCAGUUGUCUCUUCAAAGAAUAUGGGAAAACCUCAUGUGUGAUUUAAAAGGCAGAGAGAUGAAGAAUGUGGACUUGAGUUUGGAAGAAGGAAUAGAUGGCGACAAUUCUCUAAUUUGUGAGCACAGCUCUGUGUUUCCCUCAAUUCCAUUGGCAGUUAAUUGGCUGAGGGAAUGUAUUAGAAGGAAAAAGUCUGUACGAUUUCAGGUCUUGGUAACAGGCUCCUUACAUCUUGUGGGUGAUGUAUUGAGGUUGGUCAAGUAGUGUUUUUUGACCUUGCUGAAUAUUCAAGCAAUGAAAUCACAUUUAUUUGGCGGCAUACACUACAGUUGUGGUUUCAAGAUGGCUUUGGUUGUUGGAAAUAGAGACUGGCGCCAGAUUGCAUUUUGUAGUUGGUUAUGUCGCUUGUUUCAUUUUGUAUCUUCUGAAGAGUAGAUGAGACAAAAGUUGACACCGUGGGUUUUUCCGGCCCUUCGCUUUUGUCGCAUUACAUUCAGUCUUUUCUUUUUUUUUGGUCAAUAGAAUCUGGGAAUCUCGUAUCGUUACUCCAGUUCUUUUCACAUAAAUUUGUUAGUAACACCUCGUGGAAAUUACAGAACAUGUUAAAGCCAGUUCUGCCUUCUUUGGAUAUGUAUAAAUUUCACCAAAUACAUGCAACUGGACUUUUGCAUCCAAA